AUGAGUUCUGACAGAAUCGACUACCCAAAAGCGUCUAGUAAGUUAUGUUGUACAAUGUUUAUACGUAGGUUUUGAUUUUACAGUAAUAUCUCCAAAAUUUGGACACCCAUUUUAUUAUUAUUAUUUAAAUGGUUUAUUAUUAUAUUUACAAUUUGUACUAGGGCGUAUAACGAGUAAUAUUUUUUACUGUGUAUAAUAUAAAAGGACGGUGAGAGACUUGAAGACGCUUCACAUUAGAAACGCCUGAACAUGUAUGCUUCACUUAAUAGAGAUAUGCGUCAAAGAUUAGGUAGGUCUCUUGGCCAUUUGCGUUUUAAACGUUUUACUGGGUUUCCUGGAUGAUGAUUAGAAUAAAGUUGAACAAUUCGGCUAUUAGGGUGAUGUUCCGUUUUGGAUUGAAGGCGUGUGUAAAUUAUGGUAGCUAUUUGAUUGAUAGUAGUGAUUUUUAGUUCAUUGUGUUGUCUGACAUUGGUAACGUACCAAGGAGCGUUGAUAGUCAUUCGUAGGCAAAUGGCUUGUAAAGCCUGGAUGGUUCUGGUAUUUGCUGGUUUGGCCGAACCCCAGAGGGCGAUUUCAUAGGAAAUUUCAUAGGUUGAAAUAGACAUUUGUACAAUAUACGAUAUAUUUGUACAGUAUACGGUUAGAAGUGUGCAUUCUUAAUUUGAGGAGUGCACUUAGAAUAUGUAGGCAGCUGUUCAGUUGUUUGCGUUUGUUUUGAGUGGUGGACCCCAAGUGAGUCUUUUUUCAAACAGUAGACCAAGGUAUUUCACUUCUCUUGUCUGCGGGAUGACGACGUUAGUAAACGUUAUGGGGGGACAGUCUCCCAAGCGGAGGGCAAAUGUGACAUGAGCCAAUUUGGAGUCGUUGAUUUUAAUUUUCCACGAACUGAACCAAUGGGAUAGGUUGUUCGGGUGGUUUUUUUAGUUGAAGCCUCCAACUUGGAGGUUUGCUUCAUGGUGGCUGGAUGAUAGUACUGCGGUGUCGUCGGCAUAGAUCCCGAUAAAGGCGGUGUCAGAGGUUGGGAUAUCUGCUGUAAAUAGUGUAUAGAGAAAAGGAGCGAUGUCAUGAUCUUGAGGGACUCCGACUGAGAUUAAUUGUGAGUUAGGGAAUGUUGUUUUUAAUUUGAGUUUAAAUCUUCUGUCAUUUGGGAAGUAAAUAUUUUUUUUGAAAUUUUUCUUGAGUUUGAAUAACAAGCCGUCAUGCCACACGGUGUCGAAUGCUUGUGCUACGUCUAGGAAAAGAUCUGAGCAGUAUUUUUUUUCUAUUUCGAGUGUUGUGGCGAUGUAGAUAGUCUACUACUCUGUGUGAUUAUUGGAACGUUGGUGUUUUGCACGGAAGUCAAAUUGAAAUUCGGAAAGUACAUUUUGUUUAAGGGCGAUAGCAGUGAGUCUCUUGAGAAGUAUUAUUAUUCUAAGGAACAAAUGCGCUUUACCACGCCCCUCACGGAUUUCAAAUUUUUUUUUUUAAUAAGACAUGUUUUUCGACACUGAUUUUGAAAAUAUUAAAAGUAAUUUGUUUAGAACUAUUAUUAAACAAGUUACGGCAAUAAAACUUCAAAAAUGCAGACUGUUUCAAUCGAAAAUAACCAUUGAUAUUUUGUGCAAAACCACGUCGGAUAGGUAAAACAAGGGGAAAACAGAUGCAUUUUAGGUGUUGGUACAUAGAAAUCCGGAGAGAUCACUACUUGUUCACUCGGAAUUUUACAUCAACAUAACUUCUAAAAUAUUUAUAAAUAAAAAACUGAUAGCACCAUUAUUCUCAGCAUCAAAAAACAGCAAAAAAAAAAUGUUUUUUUUUAAAAUUCGAAUUUUUUUUUGUAAUAAUAAUAAUAAAUGGUAUCCAUAAAAAAAAUGUUGAAAUUCAUGAGGGGCGUGGUAAAGUGCAUUUUAGCCUUAUUCUGAUUGAAUAUUAUGCGAGUUCUAUUUAACGAGUAAAGCAUACUUAUAUUAAAUUUAAAGUUUUUUUUUUUUUUAUUAAAAUGUAGUUAUUCCUUGUUUUUAUUUAGUUGGUAGUUACUAGUAGCAUCAAUGUUCGAAAGUGUUAAAUAUUUGUUAUAGUUUUGUGAAGUAUAUGUAUUUAUUGAAUGUUGAUAGAUUUAAAAGUAAACUACAAUACACAUUUGUAUUGAAAUGCCAUUGUCUACUUAUGCAGAAAUCUUAAAUUAAAAGAAAUAUAAUCAGUACCUUCCUACCUAUCUGCUGUAAAAUUUAAAUUAUUUUUUUUUUUUUUUAAACUUUUAUUUAACUAUUCUGAUGAUAAUAUUGAUAAUAAAAUAAUUAUGUAAAAACAAAAUUAUAAAAUAGUUAAAACUUGUUAAUAAAUACAUUUAAAAAAAAAUUAAAUUUAAAAAUCAUAUACGAACAAAUACAAUUAAAUUAAAAAAUAAUCUUUUUAAAUUAAAUAGAUGUAAAAUAUUGAUGAAUUAAAAUAAAAAUAAGAAACUUAUUGACCAGUACAAUAUUAUAGGUCUAGGAAACUUACUAAAAAUAAUUUUAAAUACUUUAUAUUUACUGUUAGGCAUUAUUUUUAAUUUAUAUUAUUUCAUUCUAGAACAAAUAAGUGAUGCUGGUGUGAUUGUUUACAUUGGAGGUGUUUUUUUAGUGAUUGCAUUCUUAAGGUAAUGGAAAAUGAAAACCUUGAAAUUUAUUUAUUUAUUUUAUUUUAAUAUGUUAUUUAUAGUCCGUAUUGGAUAGAAUCAUACGAUGAAGCACGCAUGGAAUUUAAACACAUGGGCUUAUGGACUUAUUGUUUUAAUCAUUUCCGAUAUCCUCAUUACCAAUUUGACAAAUUAUUUACUGGAUGCGGUACAGUAUUCAGUGAAGAAUAUUAUGUUAUUCGAGAAUGGCUAUUACCGGGUUAGUAACAUUGAUUGUUGGUAACUUGACUGCAAUUAUUCAUUAUCAAUGUUCAUUUUUUAUAAAGGAUGGUUAUUAUUUUUGGAACUCUGCAUGACAUUAGCAUUAUUGUUAUCGCUCGGAACAUUGGCAUUAAUUGCUUCCAUUUUAACAAGGUAUCCUCAACGUCUAGUUCUUAAAUACGAAUACAUGUUAUCAGCUGCAUGUUUUUUGGCGACUUCAGUAUCUGGUUUGUAAAAAUAAAUGUUUUAUAGUUUUUUGUUUGAUAUGGUUAAGUUUUGACUUUAAACAUUAAUGUUUGUUUGUUUAGCCACUUUAAUAUUUGUAAGCUUAAUCCUGUUUCCGUUCAAUUGCUGGAGACGUGAUUGGCUCCAGAACCCAAUGUUCAACCACCUUUCUUGGUCAUAUUAUACUGCGGUCUUAUCAGGUUUUAUACACGUGUAUGGUGCAUGGUAUUUGUACAAGGUUUGUCAAUUUAAUUUAUUUUGUUGAUUAAAUCACAAUUGUUAACAAAACUAUUGUUUUUCAGGAUGCCCGAAUCACUUAUGAACAAAGAAGAGAGAGCAAAAACUUAGUUAUGCAGAUGUAUCCUCCUCACGAGCGUAAUUUUUAUGAUCAGUGA